CAUAUAUUUAUCUAUCAAAUGGAUCAAUAAACACAAAAGAUGUUUGAACACUUCAAUUCAGUAUAGAAAAAAAAUCGGUCAUAUUGAAAUGCUAUUUGUUCACACCUGACUGGCUUCAUGUAGUAAUGAUUUCACUUUUCCAAUAUCUACGUUUGAAAAUAAAUUGUGGAUUUUCAGUGAUGAAACUAUAGUUUGUGUACACGAAUUGGAUAAAGUUGGAUAACGGUUUGAUUCAUUUGGAAAUAUGUCAGCGCCACCACCACCUUAUAACAACCCAGGAAGUCAACCAGGAGGUCCACCUGGAUAUGGUCCACCUGAAGGUAAACCAGGGGGUCAACCUGGAUAUGGUCCCCCAGGAGGUCAACCAGGAGGUCAACCCGGAUAUGGUCCGCCAGGGGGUCAACAAGGAUAUGGUCCACCCCCACCUCCAGCACCAUAUCAUCAAGGUCAACCAGGAUAUGGUCAACCAACAACAGUCAUCAUAACACAGCCGAUGAUGUCACCACCAAUGAGAGAGUCGCCAGUUGGUAUGACCUGUCCAAGCUGUCAGAAACAAAUAAUAACCAGCACAACUUAUCAAACUGGUACAUUAACGUGGGUCGCAUGUUUAGUUCUGUGUCUUGUUGGAUGUGACGUCGGAUGUUGUUUUAUUCCAUUCUGCAUCAGUUCGUGUAAAGAUACAGUACACAGUUGUCCAAACUGUAGAACCACUCUGGGGAAGCAUAAUCGGAUGUAAAAGUAUCAGGAAAUGCGCCUUAUCUUUUUACCUUUUCAUAUCUUACAAGAUAUGAUUUUAGUCUGUGAUAAUUUUUUGUGUAUAGAUAUUAACUUUUUAUUCAAAUGUUUGUUAUUUAUUGAAUAUUUUUACUGUUUGAGUAAAUGAAUGAGCAAAAUAAUUACAAUUUUUUAAUUGCUCUUCAUAAAAUGUUUGACUCUUACCAUUACUUGAUAUAACUUAUGUGAUGUAUUUUCUUACAAAACUUCAUACAUUGUUGUUGUUUUUACGAAGUUUUUUGUACAACUCAUCAACUACGACCCUGUUAAAACGUUUCUUUUUAACUGUUUACAUUAUAUAAUGGUACGGACGACAUCCCUACAUACUUUCACUAAAACAAUUAUAGUAUCAUUGUAAAUAACUAACGGCAGUUCUGUUUUAUACAUAUAGAUAUGAACAUUCAUAAAUUUCAGCUAUAAGUGUACGAUUCA